UGAAAUUUUCCUUAAUAACUACAGUAUAAAUUUGUGACAAAAUAAAAUUUUGAAACGAAAUUCUUGGUGAGUUGGCCACUUUAAUUCCGAAAUGUGUUGCGCUUAUUUUACAUUUUUCGCGUCAUCUUUAGUAAUUUUGGCCAGUUUUAAUUAAUUUUAUUUACAUAAUUAUGUUCUUUAAGACUUCUUAGGAAAAUUUUCAGGAAUGAAUUUUGACCUUUUAUCAGCCAAAAUUGUAUUUUUGUUUGUUUUGUCUAUAUUAUUUUCCCGGAUCAGCUCUGAUCAACAACAGCAAGUCCCUAUACAACAGCAGCCACCACCUGAUAAUGUAAACGCAAAUAUUGAUGCAAAUAAACCUCAUUCGGACUCUCAAAGGCUUGCACAAAAACCUGAUUGUAGGUUGGAUAUUGAUAAAUAUUGCAAGAAGAAUAUUGCACAACUUGGACCUGGAGAAGUUUUGAGUGAUAUGGAUGCCCUAGAGUGUUUACAAGAUGCUGGUUUUAGUGAGAAUGAAGCUUUACAACCACAGUGUGCUCAAGCAGUCUGGGAAUAUAAAGUUGAAUUGACACAGGACAAGCGUUUUAUUGGUGCUCUUCAACAAUUUUGCACUGUUGAUAUUAACCAAAAUCAUCGUCUAAAAGCUUGUACGCAAGAUCUUAGGCCUGGUUAUGCACUUUCUUGUAUGAUGGAGCAUGUCCAUGAAAUUGAUCAAGGCUCUCGUUGUUUUCAAUUUUUACUUCGUGUAGAGAAGGUUGCAUUUUCUGAUUUUGCUUUAAUUGCGCCAUUUGUUGAACAUUGCGCUGCUAUCAUAAAACAACUUGGUUGUGGUCAAUUAACAAAACCCAGUUUACAUCAAAAUGUUCGUGUGCCACAUUCUCAAGGCUCAACAUUAGAAUGCCUUAUUUCAAAUAUCGUUAAUGUUCAAAAAGAUCCAACCAAAGAACAAAUUAUUAAUGGAAUGUCUGAAGAGUGUCGUAAAGAAGUGAGACGAAUUGCAGAACUUCAAUCUGAUGAUUUCCAUUUGGAUAGGCCAUUAUUUUUUGCAUGUCGGCAUGAUAGAGAAGAAUUUUGUAGUGAAAUUAAUGCUGGAGAAGGGAAAGUUUUUCAGUGUUUGAUGCAACAUAAAGAAGAUAAACGAAUGCAACCUGAGUGUGCAAGAAUUCUUGCUGAGAGAGCUGGAAUGAUGGGACGUGAUUUUCGUCUAGCCCAUCCAUUAUUAAAACAAUGCGACAAAGAAUUACAAGCUUAUAGAUGUAUUCCACAACCAGGAUUUGAAAAAUCACUUCAAUUUCAUCUGAGUUGGGUCGUUCUUUGUCUUGAGAAUGGAAUUCAUUUUUAUAAUCAACAAGAACAUGAAAGACAACAAGCAGCUAAAGAUGAAAAUGCACCAAAAAAACAAUGGCCAAAUUUAGUAGUUUUUAGCGACGAAUGUAAACAUGAAAUGUUUUCUCAUCGUCAAAUGAUGGUACAAGAAUUUAGAAUGGGACCAGAAGUUGUUAUGAAUUGUGCUACAGAAAUUGAUAAAUAUUGUUCACCAAAAGGAGAUUUGGAGACUGAAGGGAAAACCGUUCAUUGUUUAAUGGCACAUGCCCAGGAAAGAAACGAACAAAAAACCUUAACACAACAAUGCAGAAAUGCCCUUCAGGAUCUUGUUAAAGUGGCAGAUAUUGGAUCUAAUUAUCAAGUUGACAAAGUUUUAUAUGCCUCUUGCAGGGAAUUAAUUGAAGGAAAAUGUAAACAAGAUGCUGUUUCUGAGGCUAAUACACUUACGUGUUUAAUGAAGAAUUUGGAUGAAGCUGAUAUGACUGAUGAUUGUGAACAACGUUUAAUUGAGGUUCAAUACUUUAUGGCCCGUGAUUGGUCACUUGAUCCACAGCUUUACGAUGCCUGCCACCAGGAGGCUGUUGAUCGUUGUUCUGCGGUUUCUGAAUGGCAUAAAGGUGCGAAUCAAUUGAGUGGGCAAUCAAAUCAAGUUGUUGAUCCGGGACCUCAGGUUCUUGCCUGUCUUUAUCGAGCUGGUUAUGACGAAGAAAAACCAUUGAAGGCUGAAUGUGCACAGAAUGUUCGUCGUGUAUUAUAUGAGCGUGCAUCACGCGUCAAUAUGCUUCCUGAUGUUGAAGAAAAUUGUCGUCAGGCACUUUCAGAAUAUUGCUCCCAAAAUGUUCAACCGACUGAGGAGAUGGAUUGUCUCCAAGAACAUUUUGAAACUGAGGAAUUCAAGAGACGGCAUCCGAAAUGCUACACUGAAGUUGAGAAAUUUACAAAAAUGGAAUCUAAGGAUACAAAAUUGAAUCGUCUUUUGUCUCGUGCUUGUCGUCCAGUAAUCAAUGCUUAUUGUUCACAAUAUAUCAAUCAAGAAAUUGAUCAUGGGGAUGUUUUAACAUGUCUUUCAGAACAUCGUGAUGCUGAGGAAAUGGGGCCAAAAUGCCGCACAUAUGUUAACCAUUUCGAAUUAAUCUCGCUUCGUGACUAUCAUUUCAACUUUCGAUUUACUCAGGCUUGUACUGAUGAUAUUAAGGCAAAUUGUGCACAAUUUGGACAAGACAAGGGUGCCAUCAUCAGAUGUUUAAGCAAUAUUGUUUUUGAACAUCGUAUUCUCGGAAUAGACAAAGAUUUAAGCAAGGACUGCAAAAAACAAUUGCGCGUAGCUUACCUGCAACAAGAACAGGUCGAUUUUGAUGACAAAGAACACAUGAAUGAUGCUGAUCCUUCUCUGAUGGGUAAAUGUUCAACUGACAUUAAACGCUUCCAAUGUAUGAAAGAACCGAAUACCCGAUUUGAACAAAUUGUUGAAUGCCUUCGAAUUAAUUUCGAUCAAUUAGUUCCUGAUUGCAAAGCACUUAUUUUUGCGAGAGAAAAAAUUGAAGCUUUAGACAAUACUUUUGAUGAUGAAUUGCAGCGUUCAUGUAAAUUCGAUAUUAAUCGACAUUGCCCAAAUCAACGUGGUGAAAAAGUUCUUGAGUGUUUAACAAAUAUGAAGAUUAUCCGACUUCUUCAAAAAGACUGUCAAAGAGUUGUCCAAACUAGAAUGUUGGAGAGAACAAAGGAUGAUCGACUCAAUCCUGAGUUACUUGAUUCUUGUCAUGAAGAAGCCAAGCAAUAUUGUCCAGCAGACUUCAAAAAAGUCAAUAAUCCUCAAUAUUCACAGCAACAACUUGGUCCUUUAAUUGCAACUUGUCUGCGAACUCAAUUUGCAAAGUUUACCAAAAUGACAGUAUUGUCCCCACCUUGCAAAGAAGAAUUAUCUCGCAUAAUUCUUGAAAGUGAAUUUGAUAUUCAACUUGAUCCACAACUUUACAAGGCUUGCAAAUAUACAAUUAGUAAACAUUGUACAAACACUAUUAUUGGUCGUAGUGGCAACUUUGAUUCUGUCUUGGAGUGUUUAAAAUCAGAUUUUUAUAAUAAUAUGAUUACAGACAAGAAUUGUGCUGUGCAGCUUGCACGUCGUACUCAAGAAUCUCUUGUUGAUAUUCAUUUGGAUCCAGGAUUACAUGAAGCAUGUAGUCUUGAUGCCCAACGCUUAUGUGCAAAUGUUCAGCCUGGUGAAAGUCGAAUCAUUAUGUGUCUUGUUGAUGCACUUAGGAACCCUCAAUCAGCCCUCUCGUCUGUUUGCCGCGAGAAGCUUACAGAAAGAAAUAAACUCUGGCAGAUUGCACAUAGCGAAUAUCAAAUGAAAUUACCUGAAAGUUGGUCUGAUUUGGCUAAUGCUAUUGCACAACAUCCACAACGUAGUUCUAUUUUGACAUGGUCAGUUAAUUAUUUAUAUUUAUACAAAAUUUUACUAUCGCUUUAUCUACUAAAAAGUAAGUUUACAUGUUGA